AGCUUGACACGCUUGUUAGGCCCAACUGUUCACCUAAACAAAACGUUUCGAAUUUUGGGGGUUUUUCUUUGUUUUUUUUUCUCUUUUUUUGUAAAUGAAUUGAAACGGGUUUCCGUCAGAUUUCUAUUCCAAAGCCCGUUUUGUUUGCAAAAUCUUCUCUUAUCUUGGGAUUUUGCAGUCCACCAAAAUUCUUGCCCUUUUUCUAGUUCUGUCUCAGCAGAAAUCAACAGGUUUUUCUUUUUUUAAUCUUAUAUUUUUGCAGUGUUGGACCAUACUCUGAACUCCUCUGCCCAUCCUGCCUCCAGCUUCUUUCUUCUACAAUGGCGUCCUGCAGCUUGAGAACUGCAGAUUUUAAAGUCUUAAAGUUGGAUAUUAGUAGGGGAAGAGUCUCUACUUUACCACCUUGUAGCUUAAGAAAUUGGAUAGGAAGGACACCACAUCGAUAUUCGAGUUUGGUUAUAUCACAUUCAUCUCAAAAUGCUUUGUAUGUGUGUUGUAGUGCAUCGCCCGAGACCCGGACCAUAACCAGAUCAGAAACAGGUUCUGAAGAAAUAAAGCCUUCCAGUCUGGUCAGCCAACUUAUCCCAAAUUUGCAUGAGGUGGAAACCCUGCUCACAAACAUAUGUGAGACAUCUUCGAUUGCAGAAUUUGAAUUGAAACUCAGUGGAUUCAACUUGCGGAUGACGAGGAGCAUAAAAAGCGAAAAUUUACCUCUUCCCCCAGUUCCAGCUGCAGCUUCUGUUAUUCAAAAUACAAGUUCUAUACAAUCAGAUUCAAACGGAUCUGUGAAAACAACAUCAUUGGCUUUAUUCAAACCAGAGCCUAUUUCUUCUCCAGAAGGGAUCUCCAGAUUUGUAGAGAAAGCUACAGAUGAAGGCCUAUCAAUACUUCCAUCUCCUAAAGUUGGGUUUUUUAGGCGGUCUCGAACCAUAAAAGGCAAGCGUGCUCCCCCAUCCUGUAAAGAGAACCAGGUAGUAAAAGAAGGUCAAGUUCUUUGUUACAUUGAUCAAUUAGGUGCCGAGAUCCCUAUCGAGUCUGACAUAUCUGGAGAGGUCGUAAAGAUACUGCGAAAAGAUGGCGAGCCUGUUGGAUAUGGUGAUGCUCUUAUUGCUGUUCUGCCUUCAUUUCCUGGGAUAAAGAAGCUUCAAUAGUUGAUUUGUUUCCAAAUUAAAUCAAUACUCUCUCAGAGUCCAUGUCUCUAGAUUAUUAUAAUUAAUCUCUUCAAUUUAUCUUUAUAUGCAAGUUAUAGAUACCAUUUCAUUUCUCUCA